GGAAAGCGUGUGACGCCAGCCUGGAAUGAAGGAGUGAGUGAGUGAGUGAGUGUUUUCCGGGUCAGAAAGUGGACUAAGAGGAAACAAACUACGGGAAAUACACGACGGCGAUCCCAGCGCGGUAGACAUGUAAACGAUUUCGCGGAAUAAAGUAUGGGAAGUUUGGUCAACAUUCCAGCCAAGACGGUGCGAUAACGAUGGAAGGGGCGACGCUUGAGAAGUGGAGUGGAGAGUUUGCUCGGUGUUUUUAGCCCAUGUUCCCGUGUACAGUGGUGAAACCCGGCCCGGGACCUGGUCCAUCGCCUGCGCUUGAAAUCUGCAUCAGACUUGACGAGAUUUAUUGUAACUUGCAGGCUUGAUUAGUUGUAACUGAACAGCGUCGUGUUGUGAGAGUAACCAUGUUUCACUGUAUCCCCCUGUGGCGGUGUAACCGUCAUGUCGAGACGAUUGACCGGCGCCACUGUUCACUGCUUUAUGUCCCAGACGAGAUUUAUCGCUAUAGCCGCAGUUUGGAAGAACUUUUACUGGACGCGAACCAACUCCGAGACUUACCCAAGCAAUUCUUCCAGCUGGUGAAGUUAAGAAAGCUGGGACUGAGCGACAAUGAGAUCCAGAGGCUACCUCCUGAGAUAGCCAACUUCAUGCAGCUUGUAGAGCUCGAUGUCUCGCGCAACGACAUUAUCGAGAUUCCAGAAAACAUUUCCUAUUGCAAAGCCCUUCAAGUAGCAGACUUCAGCGGCAACCCUUUGACAAGAUUGCCAGAGAGCUUCGGCGAAUUGCGGAACCUAACAUGUCUUUCCAUCAAUGACAUUUCUUUACAAGCGCUUCCUGAUAACAUUGGAAACCUUAUUAACUUAGUAUCACUGGAACUCCGAGAUAACUUGCUCACAUAUUUACCCGAAUCUCUUUCCCAGCUCCAUAGACUGGAAGAACUCGAUGUAGGGAACAAUGAGCUGUAUAAUCUGCCCGAGACAAUAGGAUGCCUUGUGAGCUUGAAGGACCUGUGGCUGGAUGGAAACCAGCUGAAUUAUUUACCAAAGGAUCUAGGCAGCAUGAAGAACCUGCUCUGCCUGGAUGUGUCUGAGAACAAGUUAGAGCGCCUCCCAGAGGAACUGGCUUGCCUGCUCUUGCUCACCGACCUGCUGGUGUCCCAGAACCUCAUCGAAGCUCUGCCAGAGGGGAUAGGAAAAUUAAAACGCCUUUCCAUUCUGAAAGCGGAUCAGAACCGCCUGAUGCAGCUGCCCGAGAGCAUCGGCGACUGCGAAAGUCUGACAGAACUGGUGCUGACUGAGAACCAGCUGCUGAGUUUGCCAAGAAGUAUUGGAAAGCUUAAGCAACUCUCAAACUUCAACUGUGACAGGAAUCGCCUGGUGUCUUUACCCAGAGAGAUAGGAGGCUGCAGCAGUCUGAAUGUGCUGUGUGUGAGAGACAACCGGCUGACGCACAUCCCCGCCGAACUUUCACAGGCUACAGAACUGCAUGUUUUUGAUGUGUCUGGAAACAGGCUGACAUAUCUGCCCAUGUCUCUUACCACGCUGAGGCUCAAGGCUCUGUGGUUGUCGGAGAACCAGUCUCAGCCUUUGCUCACGUUCCAGACGGACGUGGAUCCUGACACGGGGGAGAAAGUGCUCAUCUGUGUGCUCCUGCCUCAGCAGCCUUGCGAGAGUGAAAAAGGCUCUGAUAACCUGGCACGCUGCGGCGCUCUGGAGAGUCUCGUGAAUGACGUGGCUGAUGACACGUGGGACACCAGAGCCAUGAACAGAAUGAGCACCAUCCGAUUCCUCGACGACGAUGACGACGAUGACGAUGACGAAAAGGGAACGCUGCUGCGACGCGCCACGCCACAUCCCGGAGAGCUGAAGACCAUGAAGAAGGUGGUGGAGAAUCUCCGGAACGACCUGAACGCCGCCAAAGGCCUGGACUCCAACAAAAACGAGGUCAAUAACACUGUGGACCGACUGACUACAUCCGUCUGACCACUUCUUUACCUCUGAGAUGGCCCAGUUCCCCACGUCAUGUCUUCCCACAGUGCUGCACCUCACCCCAUGCAUUUUUUUUCCCCCUCCCUUGAAUGUGACUCUCCUUUUCUCUGUGCUGGGUUUGUCCUCUUCUCUCCUUAAUCUCCUCAGAUCCUGAAUCAGGGAAAGACCACCAUGAUAGGUGCCUUUUUUUAUUUUUAUUAUUAUUAUUAUUUUUUUUUUUAUUAUUACAAUGUUCAGAGCAAUAAUCCAUGCAAGAAUGCACAAAUCUUUCUCAAACACUCAAAUAAGUAGAUGCACUACGUUAAGUCUUAUACUACAUUAAAUGCUGACAGACGCUCCAACUAUAUUGACUAUACACAUAUAUAUAUAUUUACAUUCUAUUUUUUUAUUUAGAUUUUUUUAAACACUGGGUGGAUGUUUCUUUUGAUUUCUUUCUUUCCUUUUUUUUCCUCCCAUGUUAUUCGGGACACGUUGAACCCAGCUUUUUUUUUUUUUUCCUUUUUUUUGGGGGGGGGAGACCUACUGGUUUUUUAAAGAAAAAAUUGUUGUAUUGUUGUAUAGAUCUUUGUGAAUAUCGAUUCUUUUUUUUUUUUGUACUCGUGGCAGCUCAGCUGGUGUAAAGCCUGGAGGGGAUGAAAGAAAAAAAAAAGAAGAGAGAGAUGUAUAGCAUAUUUCUUAAUCAAUUUUUUUUAUUCCUGCAAAUUUUGUGGUUUUACAAAGCAAUUGAACAACAUGUUUUAAUGUCUUAUGCAUACAGUAGUGUAUAGGAGGGGUGCGGACUGCUUCGUAUUUACUUCUCCAGGUGGGCGUGUUUGGAAAUCAGCAGCAACGUGUUUUUUGGAUUGUGAAUAUGAAUAAGGGCUACACAGAACAUUUUCCUAUGUCUUUUAACUGGAACCAGAACAUUGCGUCAGCAUCAGCACCACUUUUUUUUUUUUUUUUGGACGUUACUCUGUGUGGAAAUUUGGUACAAUGAUCCUUUUCGGUUAUCCUCGUUUUUAGAAUUGGGUUUGGUUUCCUUUCAACACACACACACACACACACACACACACACACAAAAUGCACUUUUGCAACACUUUUAAAUUAUACUCUUAUUGCUUUUAUCAAAUCUAUGGUACACUACAGACUUCUUGCAUUAUAUAUUUUCUCUCUUGCAAACAGACCAAGGUGUUGAAAUGCUGAUUGAUUAUUUUUUAAAUCUUUAAUCUGUAAUUAUUCUAUUUUAUGCCGGUGAUAAAGCUGCACAGAAAAAAUGAUCUGAAAUAGAUUUCUAGGUCUUUUAUUACUAUGACUUCUAACCACUGAUACAAUAAAGUGAU